AAAAAAAAGAAGAUUUUAGGAAGCUAGCGACACGAAGAUAGAGAUUUUGGUGUCAAUUUAUCUAUGAUACCAGUAUUUAUUUAAACUAUUAAGAUGUUGAUCCUUGCAGUUGAAGAUACAUUGUCAGAAUUUAAAUAAUUUGAGUAGUUUGAAGGAUUGAAAGAAUCAUGUUCGUGGCAGUGGAGAUGGUUGACACUGUCAGAAUCCCCCCAUGGAAUUUCCAGCGGCAGUUCAAUGAAGCCAUAGCCGAAGAGCUCAACAAGAAAUUGGCCAAUAAGGUGGUUUACCAGGUUGGCCUCUGUAUCUGUUUGUAUGACAUCACAAAACUGGAGGAUUCCUACAUAUUCCCAGGUGAUGGAGCUUCCCACACCAAAGUACACUUCAGGUAUGUUGUGUUCCACCCUUUUUUGGAUGAGAUUCUUGUUGGCAAGAUCAAAUACUGCAGCCAAGAAGGAGUACAUGUCAGCCUAGGAUUCUUUGAUGACAUCGUCAUUCCCCCAGAGUCCCUACAGCAGCCUGCGAAAUUCGAUGAAGCGGAGCAGGUGUGGGUGUGGGAGUAUGAGACGGACGAAGGGGCCCAUGACCUCUACAUGGACCAAGGUGAGGACAUCCGCUUCCGGGUCACAGAUGAAGUCUUCUUGGACACGUCGCCCACAGGCCCUUCUGCCGCAGCAACCGACACCCCUGCAGCUCCAGGAGCAGAGGAGGGUGGCCAGAAGAAAGAGGCCCCUUACACACUGCUAGGUACCAUUAGCGAGCCAGGCUUGGGCCUCCUGUCCUGGUGGAACAGCUAGUGAAAGGAGAGACCAUUACAGUAGAGAACAGGGGAGACAGCUGUCAAGUAUUCAUCCCAGCUGCUGGACAUGCACCUUCUUUUUGGACUCUUCUCAGUCACUCCUCCUAGUUUGUGACUUUAAGACUGGAGAAACAUGCCUCCUGUGAAGUGUCCACAAUGCUAAUAGACACAGAACUGCGGGCUCAAGUAGAGGAGCCAGGAUUCCCAUAAUAGGAACUGCCCUAUCUGUCUUCAUAAUGGCAGACCCAAGGACAAGGGACCAGUAGCAAGGAUUUCUAAUAGAGCACACAGGCCGGGGACAGGGAGAACUGUCUCACUUGCAAAGGUGUAGAUCCACUUCCCCCUGUAUAUUGUAAAUACUACCAUCAUAACUGUUAUGCACCAGCAUUUACACCCUGUGCGUAAGAAAGACUGACUACAGGGCCCCAAUUGGCCUAUUUAUUGUCUAAGUCUGUGAGUGU